AUCAUUUAACACAGGAGGCAGACAUGAGACAGUCAGAGCAGAAAUGUGUUUCAGCCUCACAUUCAGUGUUAGGCUGCACGUGGGUAAGCCUCAGCGAACAGAUCCGAUGUCAACCUGUUAAACGCUGGGAUCUCUACCAAGGAGUUUGUCCAUGCGAAGCCUAGCCUUCCUUCUGCUCCCGUGUGGCGUCGCGGUCGUGGUGCACUUGUGGUUGGUAACAAAUCGAGCUACCAUCCCGUUGGAUCCCAAAGAUACUGAUGAGUUGCCGGCCUAUGAAGUUCUGGUGGGAGUGUUGUCCGCGCGACACCAUCAUGACCUCAGACAGGCGAUAAGAGGCACGUGGGGGGGCUACCUCAGAGAUGACCCUCGGUUCCAGCAUCGGGUGGGGUUGAAGUUUAUCAUAGGUGAACAUGGAUGUCCCAUUCCGGAGGAGGAUAGAGAGGACCCUUACUCGUGUUCCCUGCUGAAUCUCUCUCGCCCAGUGACAGGGCUGGAGGUGGAGGUGGUGGGUGUGUCAGACCCCUCACUGCUUGCACCAGCUGGGGUGACUGCUGUGACCCUGGACUUCAAGGUGCUCCACCCUGUGGUGAUCACCAGGCUGGGGGUGUUUCCUGGUGGACCCGACCAGGAGAUCCAGGGCAACAUGACGGUGAAACUGCUGCAACUGGACCAGGAGGAGGCCGUGGUGACAGCGCGCUUCAGUGGAGCUGGAAGUGGGAUGAUGGUGAAAGGGGUGUGGUAUAAACCCGUGGAGCAGUUCAUUCUACCGAAGGGCUUUGAAGGGACGCUGGUCUGGGAGAGUCUGGACCCAGCUGGCCUGACCACCAUCAACGCCUCCAAGGUCACGCUCAACAAUGGAGGAGGGGUCCUGAAGUUCUCCUCUAUUGCAGAGGGUAUCUUGCCUCACAGACGUGCGCUUGGCUUCCCAGGCUUGGCUGGAGGAUUCACAUUCACAAUAUAUGAUGCGCAGGGCCUGUGUGAUCUGCUGGAGGGUAGAGCAGGCAGGCUGGAGAAGCACAGCUUCCGGCUGAGACAGGAGGACUCGUCCCUGCAGCAGGAGAGCCUCCAGCACAGGGACAUGGUGUUUGUGGACGUGGUGGACACCUACAGGAACGUGCCUUCCAAACUGCUGCAGUUCUACAAGUGGUCCGUGGGAAACGCUGACUUUAAUCUGCUCCUGAAGACAGAUGAUGAUUGUUUUAUCGAUGUGGACACAGUAUUAAUGAAGAUUGACCACAAGGGCUUGAAGAGAAGCAAUUUUUGGUGGGGGAAUUUCAGGCAGAGUUGGGCAGUGGACCGCAUUGGGAAGUGGCAGGAACUGGAGUACCCCAGUCCAACUUACCCUGCGUUCGCCUGUGGGUCCGGGUAUGUGGUCUCCCAGGACCUGGUCCACUGGCUGGCAAGCAACGCAGAGACACUCAAAGCAUACCAGGGGGAAGAUGUGAGCAUGGGGAUCUGGAUGGCAGCUGUCGGCCCACAGAAACACCAGGAUGCAGGCUGGCUGUGUGAGAAGGAGUGCUAUGUGGACAUGCUGUCGUCUCCACAGCACACGGCGGAGGAGCUACGUGACCUCUGGGGCAGGAAGCAGGCCUGUGGGGACCCCUGUAGCUGUCCCUGGGGCCACCUCUGACACUGGGGCCACCUCUGACCCUGGGGCCACCUCUGACCCUGGGGCCACCUCUGACCCCUGCAGCUGUCCCUGGGGCCACCUUUGACCCUGGGGCCACCUCUGACCCCUGCAGCUGUCCCUGGGGCCACCUCUGACCCUGGGGCCACCUCUGACCCCUGCAGCUGUCCCCGGGGCCACCUCUGUCCCUGGGGCCACCUCUGACCCUGGGGCCACCUCUGACCCCUGCAGCUGUCCCUGGGGCCACCUCUGACCCUGGGGCCACCUCUGACCCCUGCAGCUGUCCCUGGGGC